AUGUCUGAGAAAGCCAAGAAUUCACAGUCUCCUCUUUCGCCUCUGCUCUGCCCGAAGCUGGGACCACCCGUUCCAACUCGAGCACGCCGCCUGGCGCCCGUCGUUCUCUGCUGCUCGACGGAGGAUUGGAGGCGAAGUGAGGACGCCCCUGCCGGCGCCUUCACUUCCCAAGGUACUGGCGACGCGGAGUUUUUCGGAGGUGGAGCCAGCCGCCUGGCGUGCCUUCAGCAGACGGCCUUCCUCCCGUCGCUCGACGCAGCCGCGGCUCUCGCGGGCUCCCUCGCAGUUUCUGUCCUCUCGUCGUCUCUUCCGUCUGGCGUCUUCUUCGAGUCCUUCCCUCCAGUCGUGGGCGCGCUCAUCGAGCCAGGCGCCUCCCGCGCCUCUGCGCCGGCGGCGCAGGCCGCAGUCCGCGCGGCGGCGCUCGGCGCGCUGCUAGGCCUCGUCGCCGCGGGGCUGCUCUGGCGGCACCGCGUCACCGACGAGCUCCUGGCGACUGCCACGGCACUGGAGCGUGGAAAGCGGGCAUACAGAGCGUCGCCUGACGCACUCGUUCGCGUCGAUCUGUCCGGCGUCCUUUCAGAGUGCCUGCAGAGACUUUUCUUCUCGACGCUCCUUCGCGCCGCCCUCCAGGGGUCGCUCGCGACCGCGUCGUCGCCUCCGACCGCCUCUCCAGCGGAGGAGACGCGCGCGGAGAGCUUGGAGCCAGAGAGAGGCCCCCGGCUGCCGUCGUCCGCCGCACUAGCGGACUCUGCUCGCCUGCUCUCCAAGGCUCUCCAGCGACUCGCCGUCUUCGACAGCCGCGUCGCCCUUGCGAUUCUGGAGCCCCUGUGCGACAUUCUCCUCGCGUGCUGCCGCUGCGAGGGAGACAGCUGCUCAGGCGCCGGAGGAAAGCUCGGAGGAAGCGAUCCGCGUGCGUCGCCUCCGGCUCCAUGCGUGGCGCCACCCACACGCAGACAGGCGAGCAGAGGCCGACCGAAGAGAAAAGCGAAGACGAUCUGCGUCGCACUUGCAUUUUGA